CUUGUUUUUCCCUUCUUUUCCUUUUUUCUUUUUCCAUGUCUGGCUUUUCCUGCUAAUGUUGCAGCAGCACUAGGCACUCUCCUGCUGGGAUUGGUUGCUCAGACUCACUCUGGAGGAGGAGGAGCUGAAAGCUGGGCUGCAAGGGGAGCAGGUGCAGUCCUGCUCGAUCUCUCUCUUUUCUCUCUGUCUCUCUGUCUCUCCCUCCCCCCCCCCCUCUCUCUCUCUCUCUCUCUCUCUCUCUCUCUCUCUCCCUCCCUCUCUCACUCCUCACCGUCGGCAGUGGAGGAGAGAUGAUAUAUCACGGCCGAGGGAUACUGGAGAAUGUGCAGGAAUAUCCAAGAAGAAACCAUAAGAAGGGGAUAUUUUUUUCUAAAUUACUGAAUUCUUUACUGUGAUUACGCCAAAGAUGGGAGGAAUACAGGAAAAAAUAAAUCAAAUGUGGAGCUAGGGGGAGCACUCGGACCUCUUUCUCUCUCCCUCUCUCUCUCCCUCUCUUGCUCUCCGUUCUCGUUCCUCGCUCCGUCUCUGGCUGUCUCUGUCUGUUUCCCUUCUGUGCAGGAAUGUAGCAGCGCGCACCAAAGUAAUCCAGGCUGAAAUGCCAAGCAAUGGAUGGACAGACAGACAGGUGCAGAUCGGCACUUGGGCUUUCACAUCAGUCUGGGAAAUGGGCUCUAAAAGGAGGACCCCACUAAAGAGCCACUGAUACAGCUGGCCGACUGGAUAAUCGCGUGUCCUCUGACCACUGGAUUACUGCCGCGACCGUUGCGGGGAAUUAAUUAAAGAAGAGAAAACGCACUUGCUGCCCCAUUACAGGAACGGGCGGCGGAUAGAAGCAGGUAUCCGAAGGGGGAACUGCUUUGGUUUAAGGUGUUGGGGGGGUGGGAGGUAAGGGGAGGAAUUGAAAGCGAAAUGAGCUGAGUCAGCUCUUCGAGUGGAGCUGCAGAGAAGAUCCCCGCUGUUCCUCUAAACCAGGAGGAACGUGGAAAAUCCAGAGAAAGAUCCAACUCCCUCCCAAAAAAAAAGAAAAAAAGAAAUCAAAGCCUGGAAACGUCCGCUGCCUAUCGCUAAAACACAAAGGCUCUGCGGCUCCUGUGAGUUCUUCCCACAUAGUCGCUGCUGUGUGCUCCGGUGCCUCUGGGUUGCUUUCACCUGCUGGACUAUUGGAUGCUCUUCAUCUUUGGGUUGCCUCACAGGCUCUGCUUCCACUUCUCAGCUUAAUGUCUGCUCUUGCCUGCUGCCCCUCUGCACAGUCCUGCUCAUGCCCACCCUCCGCCCACCACAAGAGUUAACCCUCGCUGCGCUGGCAGGAUGAGUGAGGGUUCUGCAGCGGCAGUGUCCGGGGCUGUGAUCGCGGAGGAUCCUGCAGCAAGUGGUGGAGCGGGAGGGGGACUGGAGCAACCUUCUCCUCCAGAUCCUGGACCCCUGCGCUGUGGGAGCUGUGCCCUCUGGCCUCGGCAACAAACGUGGUUGUGUGUUGUACCCCUGCUUAUUGGCUUCAUCGGUCUAGGUCUCAGUCUCAUGCUGCUCAAGUGGAUUGUGGUUGGCUCUGUCAAGGACUAUGUGCCCACAGACUUGGUGGAUAACAAGGGGAUUGGGCAGGACCCCAUCUUUCUAUCCAAGCCCAGCGCCUUUCCAAAAAAUGUUGAAACAACAACGACGACCACAACUGCAAUGGGCAGAACUCGCACAGGUCUUGUGACCACUACCACGGCUGCCAAUCCUGGUGUCAUGGUGCCUGCUGGGUCUGGAAGUUCCACAUCACGCGCACCUAACCGGAUCAGCACCCGCAUCACUACCACCACGCGGGCGCCCCGCUUGAUACCUCCUGGUGGUCGUGGUGUGACCCCACGGGGAACAACGAUACGGAGAGGGACCACAGGCAGCAGUGGUGUUGGCAUGGGAACUGUAACUAUGGUUCCAUCGAUGGUGGUUAGUAUUACGACGGAGGCCCAUCUGGAUGCCACUUCUCCACCCUCACCCUCAGGUCGCUUCUACUUGCACGACUCCACGUCUGUUUGGACGGUCUCCCAGUUUCCAGCGGAGAGUUCUCCACUAGUGCCCACACAGCCCCACACACACACCAAGACACAUUCUCCAACAUAUCCCCCAGAACAUUCAGAGCACUUCAAGCCAUGCCGAGAUAAGGAUUUGGCUUACUGUUUGAAUGACGGAGAUUGUUUUGUCAUUGAGACGCUGACCGGCUCGCACAAACACUGCAGGUGCAAGGAUGGUUACCAGGGUGUUCGCUGUGAUCAGUUCCUGCCAAAAACUGACUCCAUUUUGUCUGACCCAACAGACCAUCAUGGUAUUGAGUUUAUGGAGAGUGAAGAGGUGUACCAGAGGCAGGUGCUGUCUAUUACUUGUAUCACAAUUGGGAUUACGAUACUGGGCUCACUUUGUGUGGCUUUCUACUGCCGUAACAAAAGACGGAGAGAGAAGCUUGAGGCUCAGCUGAAGGAGAGUCGAAGCAUUAAGAACUACAGCCUCAAUACUGCCAGCGUCCGGCCACAGUGUGCCCUGCAUCUACAAAUUUACUGCAAGUCCCCAGGAUCAGCUCCAGCACCUGGAAGUGGUGUUCAAGAGCUAAGAUUUUCACAAAGCAGUAGAGCUCCUUCUACUCAUGUCAGGAUCCCAGUAUCUGGCAAGUCACCCAGGAGCUCUUCAGCAUCCUGCAGUCCAGAUGAGCGAAGCCGAGCUCCACACAGGACCGCUCCCCGCAGGACUCCACCCCUUCCUCGGGGAAGACUCAAUCCUAUUGGAGGAAGCAGGGAUUCUGGCCCCUCCUACCAGCAUCUGCAAGAGGUGGAUUCUACAGAAAAAGAGGCUCUGGCUCUGAGGAGGUUGUGCUCAGCCAAUGCAGGAACCACUGAUCUGUCCGCUUCACUCCUUCCACCUCACUCCCAGGACAGCCUCUUAAAUAUGCAAGCAAACCUCUCCAUUCCUUUUGCCUCAGAGAAUGGUGGGCACAAGACAGAACUGAAGUGCAGCCGCCUGAAUCAUGUGGCAGUGGGCCAAGCCAAUGAGGGCCCCCCUUGUUCCUUCAUCCGCACCACCUACCCUACGGGCCUGCUCAAUACCUAUAAUUCCAUCUACAUCAAGGGAGGCAGGUCUUCCUCCUCAGACUGCCUCCCCCAAGUAGAGAACUCUACAAGUGCAGUAUCAGGCUUGGGCCAGCAGGAGGAGGUAGCACUGCUGCUGGAGACUGCACAAGAGCAGCUCAGACUGCUGGCCCAGGCACAGCGAAAAUCAGAGGACUGCAUUCCUCCUCCUUCAGCAGAGCGUGAGAGCACCUGCUUCCUUCUGCCUCCAGGAGGAGGAGUUGGUGGAGUACUAGCCAGAAGCAGCCCUGCCAAGACACAGCUGACGCACCCAAUAGACCCCCACAGAGACUUGGCCCAAUGCAGUCAAUGAAUUGUCAAGAGAGAAAGUGGCCACCAAUAUUUGGACCAAUGAUACUCCUGGUAGGAGCUUAGAAAAAGUACUGACGGAAAAAAAAAAAAAGAAAAACUCCAGCAACAAAACUUUAAGCAAAUGUUUAAUGAAAGAAAUGGGGGGGGGGGGGGGUAAAACUUAUAAAAGGAAUUAUUUAUAUGCAUUUAUUUAAGUAAGCAUCUACUUAGAAAGAAAACCAAAUAGUCCUGUCAUCUUCAUGGUGUUUUUAAUUGUUGAACAAAAAAAAAAUUAAAUAGUAAAGAUGAAAAACACACUCAGACACAAAUAUCUGAAAGUAUAAAUUGUACACAAUACCUCCUCAGCAGUCUCAACCCUGCAGUUCUGGCAAACAGAGUAAAGAAUGCAGAAACAUUUGAUUGUAAACUGGGCUGAAAGUGGAAAACAGAAUAAUAAAUAUAGUGAGGUCUAACUUACAAAACCAGGGUUUGGAUGCAGAAAGAGGAAAAGUCUUGAACGUUCCUGCCUCCCAUGUUCUUCUUUGAAGUUUCUGCUCCCUUAUGCUCAGGAAGUUUCCUAUCACAAGACCAUUUGGUCACAGAUUUCUUUAGAAUCUGCCCCCAUGCUUGCCUCUGUGUCUUUGUUCUUGUCACCAGUUGGUAUAAUGAACUUUCCUAUCCCACUCUCAAGUUCUGCUCUUGUCCCUAUAACCUUUCAAAUCCUUAUGCCAACCAAGUGAAACCAAGCACUCUGUGUGUGUCAAUCGAGACACUGAGUGUCUCCCUCUUUUUCCCAUGGAAGCCACUAAAAGUGAUUCUUUAGUCCAUCCAAGUGAAAUGUUUCAACUACUAAGUGCUUGUUGUCUUGACUAAUUGGUUUCUCAUGCCUCAUAUUUGUAGUUUUUUUGUGUAACAUCACCCUUAUCUGCUACAUGCUUAGGUCAUACUCAAGCACUUUCUUUAAGGAAUAUCUGAGAACCCAAACAUAGAUAGGACUAAUUAACCCCUCAAUCUAUAACCUGAGUUAAGAAAAUAUGUUAAUGGAGAGCUACAAAAACAACUUUAACUAAAAUUUAAAUAUUUCCCUAACACGUUAUAGAGGUAUACAAGCAUAAGAAUUAACACAAUAUGUUUCACAGAAAUAACUGAACUUAAUCAAAAAGCACAAGAUUACCUCGAUUAAACAGGCCAAAAGAAAGGAAAUUAAAAGGCAAAGGAACACAAAAAAGAGGAAGAAAUAAUCUCAGAAAGAAUAAGUCACAAAACCCCAGAAACUAAAGACGUGUUAACAAAGAUGUAAAACACAAGAACCUCUACCAAGCCAGAGCAGAAUCACAACCUAGAUUUGAAAUCAGAUGACUCGGCAGAGACGGUAGCUAGAAAGUAUCUAAAGUUUUCCUCAAAUACAAGAGAGCUCGCUAAACAGAAGCUGAAGGCUAACAAGACAGAAUGCUAAAGACAUCACUGAGCAGGCUACACCUUCAAAGCUAACAACCCUCAGUUGGAAAGACCUAUGACUGUAGUCCCAAACAACAUUAUUGGGCUAACCCUCCAUGAUUUAAUUGCUUAUAUAUUAAAUUGGCUAUAGAUCAAUAUGAAUAAUACACUAAAUAAGGUAGGGAAAUGCGGGGGAACCAAACUGUGGCACCUUAGUCUAUGUAGUGGACUCUUUUGUUCGUAAUACUCUUUGUCUUGGUACAGAACCCAACUUGUGGAAUCAUUCUGCUCUCAGAAUUUGUCUAGAGUGCUUCAUUUGCCACCCUGUCCUUUUAAUUACUCCUGAAUGUUCUUGAGCUUCCUACUUUCAAUCCUAAGAGGCUACAAAACUGUUCCUUUGAUUGCCACCCCUCAUCUAAUUGGCUUGUUCCCACUUUGACCCCUAUAAGGUUGUCUAUGGUCCACUAAUAAACACUUUCUGUACUAAAGUAUUAUCUCCAUGGAUUUUGGUUUUCUGCUGACUGUUUUGAUGGCCUCUACCCUAACACCAUAUUGCCAAUCUGCUUUCAACCCUUAGGAACUGUGAAAGAGUAGCUUGAGCAAGAAUUCUUUGAUGAUGAGAAGAAUAAAACUGUAAAUAAUGCCAAAAGACCUCUUGGUUACAGUUUUCUUUAAUCUGAGAAAUACUGUGCUCUAAUGCUAACUACAAUCCAAGGUGCAUUAGCUUUUAACAAUUCGUUUGCCUACCACAUGAUUCUUUAGAGAUGAAAUUCUGCUUCAAACCUCUUCACUACAUUAUGCGGUCCUGACAGCACUGUGUUUUUAAGGUUCUUGUCAUGUUGACUAAGUAGAUCCCAAGUUUUCCUACUUCCUCUGUCUAGAAGCCAUCCUUGAUUCGAAUGUUCAUUUGUGGAUGAAUGCUUCAGCCCAGUGUUUACCAAGACAUUUCACUGAAGGAUUCUCCAAGUAAAGUCAGAAAAAGUAGAAUUCAUGGCCCAGUGUAUUUAUGAAAAAGACAGGAACUCUUGUCUUCACUUUUCCAUGGUUAAGCCAUAGUUGAACCACAACAGUGUUCUGAAUGACAGGCCAUUUAGAUUGCAGACAGAGCUGCUGAGGAGGUUGAGGAAAUUUGUCUCUAAAAAAAAAAACUAUGACACCAUUUUAUUUGCCUCUGUGAAGCAGGAACCCAAGGAGUGCACAAAUGGUAACCCUCCUGAUGAGAAAUAUUAAUUCUCCGAACAAUCUAAGGAUGAAAAGUGUGGCACUCGAUUCAGAGGAGCAAGGUGAUGCCUCGGAGGGAAUCUGAUGUACCCAUAUAGAAACUGCCCCUUUUCAAGGACUCUCUUCAAUGCUGUUCUCAGAAAUCAGAGAGCUGGUGGUUCAUCUGUCAAGGGUUAUGAAGAGUUCUCAUCAUGCCAGCAGGGACAAUCGCUGCUGCUGCUGACUACUUGUUGGAUAUAGCCCGGGACUCCCAAGUUUCAGAUGGCCUCUGGUCUUUCCCAAUUUUUUUGUUUUUUUAUUCUAUUCUCAGAUGCUACAUGUGAAGGGUAUGAAAGCAGUUCUCAACAUUGCACCACACAAUACUUGCCAGUAAUGCCCCCCUCCUGUCUCCCAGCUACACCUUCCCAAUGAUAAAUCCAGCACUGGGUUUAAACUAGUCAGAGGAACUUGCUCAGUACAUUGGGGUAACUGAUGUUAUUUAAAUAAAUGUAUAAUAUAAAAAUGCACUAGAUCUUGUUUUACUAGUGACUGUUAUUCUGACCUAUGUACUGGAAACUUGUCUUUCUUUCUUCCUUCUUUCUUAAUGCUGGAAAAACCACCGGCCAAUUUAAAGUCAUUAAAGAUUUGAAAUAAAAGAUAAGAGCCCACCGUCUUGCACUAGACCAUCAACUACCAUACACAGUGAGACUGCCUUGCUUUUGCACUGAGCCUGCACGUGGAGUGGUCUUUCUGAAAAUAAGCCAGAGUGAUAAAACGAUUAGGUGAGUUCCUGGCCAAGGACUUUGUAGAAUAAAUGAAUUUAAGCUGUAGGUUAGUAAUAUAUAAUGGGUAAAGGUUAUAUAAAGAGAAGGUUUACAUUAUAGAGUCUACUUUAGACUCACUGCAACCCUCGCGUGUCGAUAAAAUUGCACACUUGAGGUGUAUGCAUCCAAAUCUGAGACAUUAAUAGGACAGCUAGAAAUGUCAAAUAAUUGUAAAGUACAUAUAGGAACAAACCUGACCCAAGCUGUGGACAAUGUGGUCUGAGUUUAUCAUUUCAAUACCUUUUCAAUAAACUGCCUUGCAAAUUUUUUAAAUCACACGGUGCCAGUGCUGAAAUUUCACAUAGCUUAAAGAUAUAAGAAAGUAAGUAAAUAUUAAAGGGAUUUUUUUUUGAAAGGAAAGGUUUCAGGAUCAUUUUACUGGAGAGUGACAAAUGUAAUAAUCAAGCGGAUUGGAUUGAAUAUUUCACUCAUUAAAGUAAAGCAAAUAGCAUUGAGCUGAGUAAAUUUCACACUUAGGUAGAUACAAAGUGAUAAUCGGCUAUGUUACUCUGUACUGGAGAAAAAGCAAUGCAAACAAAACACAAUUUAUUUGUUUAUAAUUUCUUUUUUUUGUUUCUCAAAUUACUUUGACCUGAAUAAUCACCUUCAUCAUUUUCUCCUUGUUCUUCACGUAGACAAGAGAUGAAAUAUUUCCUUGUUUCUCAUGCUUUGCUGUGAUAAAUGAUCCCUAUUUUGCUAUAUUCUUCUGAAACGAUUGAUCUCAUUUUCUUCUUGAGCCAAAUGAUCUCUUCUCAUCUUACAUCCUCCUGUGUGGAGUAACUGCAUUUUACUCAUAAUCACCUGGAAUAAAUCAUUUCCCUUGCUUUAAUUUA